GGGACUUCCGGCGGAAGUAAACAAAAAGAAGCUAGUAGCGUUAGCUUCCAGGAUUCCAUCUGUACAUGUUCGGCUAGAAAACGGUUUUUGCUUUGUGAUCUGAAUAUCUCAGUGACUUCAUUAACGAAAUCUUCGAUUCAUCAUCAGAGAGAAUUAAUCAGAUCAAAUUUCUGCUGCUGGAGAAAAAUUCAACAUCAUCGUCCAUUAGGAGGAAGAGAUCGAAACCCAAAUCACCCGGGAGUUUCCUGUCUGUUAAGUUUACGGUUCUGAAUGAACCAACAUUGAAAAACAGAAAAUAUGAUCAAGGAACUAGUUCAUACCGCGGAGGAAGCAGGACAUGUCCGUGUUAUCAGCUCGAUGCAACAACAGCAGCCUGAAAGAGACCAGUUAGCCUCCAAGCUAACUGAGGACAAGAAGAAAUGGGUCUCUUCUUAAAGUGGACAAAAAGGACUUCAUGCAGUAAAUACUGGACAUUUAUCGGACUCUGAACCGCUACCAGCUCUUUCUAUCCUCCAACGCAUCAUGUCUGUCAUUACAUGGGAGGUUCUGGAGGAUAACUUUCUCAUAACCAAAGAGAGAAACCUAAUUAUUGAUUACAAUACUCCAAACAUUUCACACAUCAAAGAGGAAGACGAGGAACCAGAACCUCAGCAGAUGGUUGAGAAAAAGGAGGAAUCAGAGCUGGAACCAAUCAAAGAAGAACCAGUUGACCUGAGGAUCUCCCAGGAUGAAGGACAGGUUUUAGUGAAGCAGGAGACCAACACCUCUAUGGUGUCUCCUGCUGAUGAGGAAAUGUUCCACUAUGAACCAGAACUACAGCAGAUGAUGGAGACAAAGGAGGAACCAGAACCUGUACAGGUGAAAGAGGAACCAGAAGAACCAGAACCUUUGAAGAUUAAAGAGGAAGAGGAUGAUCAGGAUGGAGGUCAGCUGGCGGAGAAGCAGGAGGUUGACACCUGUCUGGUGACUCCUGCUGAGGAGCUUAAGGACAACAGAGAACCAAACGAGGACCAACUUCUUUUUGAGAACCGCCUUAAAGGUGAGAACCGGCAUCAGCAAGGAAGCAACCUGGAUGGAAACAACUCAAAACUUAAAGCACCUCAACUAAAUGUACCAUCCUGUGAAGUAUGUGGCAAAUGUUUCACUACAUACAAGUACCUGACUGAUCACAUAAGAACUCACACAGGUGAGAAACCAUAUCCUUGUGAACUGUGUGAUAAAUGCUUUGCUGAUUGUAGUGCCAGGGCCAAACAUAUGAAAACCCACACAGGUACGAAGCCUUAUCACUGUCAAGUGUGUGGAAAAUCAUUCAGCCAUUGCAGUAACUUAGCCAGACAUAUGAGAACACACACAGGAGAGAAGCCAUAUUCUUGUGAAGCGUGUGGUAAAUCUUUUCGUCACUGUAAUACGAUGGCUCGACAUAUGAGAACCCACACGGGUGAAAAACCGUAUACUUGUGAAGUGUGUGAUAAAUCCUUCAUACAGCCCAGUGAUUUGGCCCGUCACCUUAGAAGUCACACAGGUGAGAAGUCUUUCUCCUGUCUGACCUGCGGAAAAGGUUUCACAAGGCAAUCCUCCUUGGCUGUGCACAUGAGAACCCACACAGGGGAGAAGCCCUACUCUUGUAAAAUGUGUGGAAAGUCUUUUAGAUAUAGCAGCCAUUUGAGUCGUCAUGAGAACUCACACAGGUGAGAAGCUUUCCUCGUGUCUGAUUGGUGGAAAAGGUUUCAGGUACAAAACGUACCUUGACUUCAGCCAUGAGAUUUCAUACAGGUGAGAAUCUGUAUUUAUGUGCAGAAUAUGGAAAGCAGUUUUGGAUGUAAAUCAGAUGCUUUUCAUCUUCUGCUGAUGAACAGUAAAGAGAUUAUUUAUAGAUGAUGCCAUAAAAAUGUAACUUUCAGAGAGGAUCAUUUGCAUACAUCGCUAACAUCUAUUAGUUUUGAUGGCAUCACAAACAGUUAACGAUUAUUUCAAUAAUUGAUUAAUCACGAUUAAUCUGAUUAAUUGAAUAACUGUAAAGAGUACAUUUACAACAUCAGAAAAUAAUACUAUACAGUUAUUAAGGUUAUUUAACAUUAGGAGUUACAGAAAGCUUGACCUUUUCUGCUCUUUUACUGACAGUUUAAAUCACAUGUUUUUAUAAAUGAGGACUGAAUUCUCCCAGACUUACUGGUUUUCUCCCUAAUAAUAAUAAAUAUCUUUACAUUAAUUAUGUGUCGCACUGCAAUGAACACUAUGGAUACAAAAAAUGCUGCAGCGGAAUCAAGUGUAUUUCUUAGUAUUGAUAUUGAGUUUGACAAACUUACAUCUGCCAUUUAGUUUGUGUCUCUGCGAACAUAAUAAACGCAAAAUGAAGUUCAAACAGUAAAGCAGUUAUAGAUAUUUAAUAAAUAAACAUGAACAAAUGCUUUGUGGCUCAUUUUAUCGUUUUCAAUGAGUCCAGUAAGAAAAUAAGCCAAACCUCAGAUGGAAUAUUAAUAAAUAUUAAAAUUUUUAUGCAUGAUUUUUACAUGUAAACAUCUCAAUGUUUUAAAUCUUUUCCACAUUCUUUUAUUUUGUAUAGAGAAAUUAUUGGUAUUUAAUGUAUAUUCUGCAUUUGUUUCUAUAUAUUAUAAACCUGUUUAUUGACGUUUAUAAUAUAUAAACACCUGUUUAUUGUUGAACUGUGGCACUUUUGACCCUCAUUAAUAAAGUCUUGACUUUU